UGUGUCAGUUUAGGGGUACUAGACAUGAAAAGGUUUGAGAUCCACUAGCCUAAAGAAUCAUAAAGUGACAAUAUUCAAGUAAAUACAUUUAAAAGUAGUCCCCAGCCUUCAUUCCCCAAAUGUAUUUUCCACCACCACUGAUUUAUAAAUAAUUACCUACCCCCCCUCCCUCUUAAGUUUUUCCUAAUGCUUUUUGUGUUUUGGGGGAUUUUUCCCUUUAAGACGGCCUUUGGGUGGAGUUAUCGUGUUCAGGGUGCUGGGUGUAUUUAUAAGGAGAUGAGGAAACGCGCGUCACUCUGACAAAAAUGAGUUUCACCUCCCAGUAUUGUUGACAGGAGGGAUGCUGCACAUGGUUCAGGCUGGACUGGGAGACUGACUUUUACUGUACAGACAGACUUUUUCUCAUUGGACACAACCGAUCGACCGACCCGGCUGUCCGGGAUGAAGGAUUAACCUAAACUGCACAUUCAUGCUCACCGUGGGCUAGGAUGAAGCCAGGAUGGUUUUGAUGGAGCUCACUUGUGUUGGAGCUUUAGACCAAUGCCAAACAGAACUACAACAUGACCACGAGUCAGAAUAACUACUGGGGACAGCAUGACCUCAGCAGAAAUGAUUUACACACAUGCGCAGCUCUGUGCAGAUUUCUCAACCUCUCCUGCGUUACGACUGCAUUGCAGAAUGUGCUUCGGCCUGAGUACUGACAUGGAUCACAACCUGACGGAGCUUCAACCACAGCAAGUAGCCAAAGAGUUUAACUCCAACAUCCCCCUCUCUCAGUCUUCUUUCUACUCUGAUACUUACCGCCUGACGCCUGAAAACGUUCUCCAGCCCCAUGAGGGGGACCAGGUGGUCCCUUCAUCCCAGAGACGGACAGUGUUUGGGGGCCAUCAUAAAGAAGCCAAACCCCUGCCUCCUCUUCCUGACCCUGAGGAGCUCAUGUCAGACGAGGCAGCAGAUAGUGAGGUGGAGUUCUUUACCAGUGACCGACGGCGCCUUUUGCCCAAAAGCUGUCCCAAGGCUGUGUGCAGGGGCAGGAACAGAGGCUUCGGCCAGGUAAAUAAUGCCUAUCAGGAGAGCUCAUUACAGGCUGGGGCUGCUGGAAUUGGCUCCAUUGCUUUCUCCUGGCCAGGCAGAGAGGACAGACCAACAGGUACAGUGGGUGGGUUUGGAGCCAACAACUGGACACUAGCUCCCCAGAGAGAAGACCACCAGCAUGUGGUGUCAGCAGUCGGAGAUAACUUAUGUAGAAAACGGCCAGACCAACACCAGUCAUCCAGAUUCCGGUUUUCCUGCUCAGGUCCUGCUUCCCAGCUGUUCCACAGCAGCACAACAGUCCCCACUGACAAGCCACAAAUCCCUCCUCGUAUCCCCAUCCCUCCAAAACCUCUGGCUCUCUCAAAGAGUGUGAGCGCCAACAAAGACGACAAGCCUCCCAAAAUCCCUCCAAGGGUCCCUUUAGUUCCACCGUGCCCACCACGUAGCCCAAGCCCAAAAAGCCUUCCAAUUUAUAUCAACGGUGUGAUGCCUGCCACACAGAGUUUUGCUGCUAACCCAGAAUAUGUGAGUAAGGCAUUACAGAGACAGCAGAGUGAAAGGGCGCCACCUGCAGCUCAGUUUUCUCCUUGCAUUGUUCCCAUUUUGAAGGAUGGGAGACAGGCCAGCGCCACUCACUACAUCCUCCUACCGCCAGGCCGCCAGGCAUACACGGACAGACGAGAAAGACUCCUGAGUGAACCCGCCAGGACGGGAAACUCCAGUGUCUGGCAGAACAGAUAAAAGUUCUUGCUUAUGUCACUGUAUCUGACACUUACUGAGGAGAAAACUUUGACUGACAUCAUUAAUAAACAUGUGAUACACUAGUGUACCGAGUGUGUAACAACAUCUCCAUGCUACAUUCACAUGUCUAAUGACAUUGGUUUUACCUUCAAUGGCUGAUGUAUUUUAAGAUUAUUUAUGUCACACACCACUGUGAGGUUUUUGUCUGUUUUUAACAUUUUACCGGCGAGUAUUUUAAAGACGUCUCCUGGAAAACAUCAUGAUAUUCCAGUAUUUUCCUUAAUGUAGGAGAAAUAUUUACCUCCCAUAACCAUUUACAUUUUGAAUUUUCUGCAGUUUCUUAUGGGGAUUAUAUUUUAAGUCUGACAGCCAUACAGGGACAUCAUUAAACCAACGGACUCUAUAUUCCUUACAGAGGGGGGGAAUCAUUACUGUACAUACAAGCUGGGCUUGUAUAAAACUGUUCAUUCCCUGUGUGUUAUUUUUUUAAGACAAUGCUGCUUGAAAUCCUGAUUAUAAUGUAUUCACAGAUUUAAUAUUUUGUAAAAUCAUUCUCAGAUUAGGAUAAUUAAUGGUAAAUUUAACAAUGAUCAAUGUGGUUGAUAUUAGAAAAUACUUUUUGAACUACAUCAAUUUAAGCUCUGUUUGUAUUUCAAAUCACAUGCCUUUUGUAGGAUUUUGUGCACAAGUGCUUAAUUUUUCUUAAAAGCACCUCUGAUUAUGAAAAAGCUGAUCUUUAAAGUUACACCACCCUACAUCCUUCCUGCACAAACAUUGAUUCAUGCCUUUGGUUCUACAAAGUUUAAUUUAUUUAAAGGUAUUUUCUGUGAUCUGAAAAUCACAACACAUGACUGAAGCCUGCUGUCAUCAUUGAACUGAUUGACAGGUCUCUUAAUAAAUAAAGCAAGAAAACUAGUUAACAUCUAAAUCAUUAACUCUGUCUGAUGUUCUUCAUUCUUGUGUUUCUCUACACAGGAGUAAAAAAAGCAUCUAUAUUCAUUAAUGAUCCUUUGACAAACAUUUUAAUAAUUAAGCAAAUACUUAUAAUUCUCUGCGUGAAUUUAGCUCAAAUACUGUACAUGGUCAAAAGAAAAAUACAGAUUGGGCCUUUCUUAUUUGUGGGCAUGGAAACCGUGUUACGUUUACACUGAGGUGAGGACCCGCGUUUACAAUGUUUGUUACAUCGACGGGUUGGAAGUUCUCAUGAAGGUUCUGUGUCAGAUUCAGCCCAAGCAAAGGCUAUUUGUAAGUUCAUCAUGUUUGUGUCAAAAGUAAAUCAUUGUAAAAUUGUGUUUUUAAUGUAUUUAUAGAAAUAAAAUAACUUAUUCAUUCUAUAAA